GGUGCCGGAUAAAAGGCGGAACGGAGGAGCGGCCAGUGGCUCAGCAGCCCCGGAGCCACCUGGACCCUCAACCCAGUCUCCCGUCUGGGCCUCAACCAGCCUCCUGCCAUGGGGCCCACCUCCUCCGCAGCCUGGCUCGUGGCCUGCUUGGCUGUGGCUUCUGCGGCCUCUGAAGGUGCCACCCCACCUCCCAGGGAAAAGCAGCUGGGACCAGAGCACCCCCAGCUCCUCCAGGAAGUUGGCUAUGCAGGGCCCCCUGCACCCCCUUUGACCCAAUUCUCCUCCAUGGCUGACCCGGAAUUCUAUGAGGAUGGGCCUCACUUUGAGGGACAGACUGAAGUGCAGCCCCGCUCACAGGAAGGCCCCCAACUGCAGGAGGAGGAGCUGCCCCCCGCCCGGCUCCCCAAGGACAGGAAAGAGAAUCUUUCUGCCCCUCAGGAAGCCGCCCCCCAACAAGAAGAGCAGCUGCCCCUGGAGCAGAAGGAGGAAGAGCCGCCAUUCCCAGACCAAAAGGAGAUGGACUUUCCCUCCAAGAAGCCGCAGCAAGAGGCCAGGCCAGUGCCCGUCAUGGACCAGGGCCAUCCACAGCCCGAGACCUGGGGUGCCCCCUCCCGCUGUCCUCAAGGCCGGUCCCGCGGAGGCUGGGGUUACCGACUGGACGGCUUCCCCCCCGGCCGGCCCUCUCGGGAGAACUUGGAGCGGAUCUGCCUGCCCACCCGGCAGCACGUGGUGUAUGGGCCCUGGAACCUGCCACAGACCGGCUACUCCCACCUCACGCGCCAGGGGGAGACCCUCAACCUGCUGGAGACGGGCUAUUCCCGCUGCUGCCGCUGCAACAACCACAUGAACCGCCUGGACUGCGCUGAGUUUGUGUGGGAGUACGCACUGGGCCAGUUCUGUGAGGCCGAGAGCUCGGUCAAGACUCGGCCCUACUGGUGCUGCCAAUGGCAGGGGGAGGCCCGGCUGUCCUGCUUCCAGGCGGCAGCCGACAGGCCCCACUACCAGCACCGCGCCUGCCCCAGCCAGCAGCCGGGCAUCUCCUCGGGCCCAGACCUGCCUUUCCCCCCGGGGCUGCCCACAUUGGACAAUGUCAAGAACAUCUGCCGUUUCCGACGCCUUCGUGCGCUACCACGCCACCUGCCCACGACCGACCCCAUGCUGCAGCGGCUGCAUGCCCUGGGCCAGCUGGAGGGCGAGUUCCAGCACUGCUGCCGCCAGGGGGGCAACCUCACCUGUGCCCGAAAGGCCUGGGAAGACAGCCUGGACAGCUACUGUGACCGAGAGCAGUCUGUGAAGACCCACCACCACUCGUGCUGCCAGUUCCCACCGAGCCCGGCCCGUGAUGAGUGCUUUGCUCAAAGGGCCCCGUACCCCAACUACGACCGGGACAUCCUGACUGUCGACCUCAGCCACAUCACUCCCAACCUCAUGGACCAUCUCUGUGGGAACCAGAGGGUCCUCAGCAAGAACAAACAGGUCCCCGGGCUGAUCCAGAACAUCACUGACCGCUGCUGCCAGGUGCCGUUCGCCGAGCAGGCCUGCUGUGCUGAGGACGAGAAAUCCACCUUCAUUGAGGAGCUCUGUGGUCCCAGGAGGAACUUCUGGAGGGACCCCGCCCUCUGCUGUGACCUGCACCCCGGGGAUGAGCAGACCAACUGCUUCAAUGUCCACUACCUGCGGAAUGUGGCCGUGGUGAAUGGGGACAUCGGGCUGGGGGAGCCCAGCCCCACCGCGGGCGAAGACACCCAGCCCACCUCUGAGCCCAGUGGGGCGUGAGUCAGCCCAGAGCCUCGGCUGCAACAUCAGGCUGGGGGAGCCACACCCCAUCUCGCCUCCUCCAGGGCUUAGCGCUGUAAACAGGCCUCACAGUUGGCAGCUUGGCCCUGUAACAUCUCACACACCCUCCCUAGACGCGCUUCUCUCAGUGGCCCGCCCCAGGGCUGAGCCGGAGCUGUAGCACCAGCAGUGCUGGGACCGUAACUAAACAGCUUUACCUCCCACUCUGUCAUCCUGACUUUACACACAAAUUAAAAGCAG